CUUGGACACUAUCGGAUAUCAGAUUUACCCACGCCUAUUUUCACAACACUGACUUCAAACUAAUCUCUUUUGUCUCUCGUUCAUCCAUCUAUAUACAUAAACCUCAACACCUGUUUUAUUUUCACCUCCCAAAUCAUCAUCUUCUUCAGCAACAUAACAUGGAGAUGAAUUCAGAUCCUAGUGCUAUGUCUGAGGCAGAAUAUGAAGAGGAUACUUUCUAUGCAGAGAUUAGGAGGCAGAUUCUGCUAUUGACAUCUGAAGAUAACGAAGAUUUACUCCAAACAAGAACUUUCAAUCCCAUUAAUGUCACUGAUGGUGGUUCAGCCAGGUCAGCUUUCAGAUUUAGCUGGGAAUCUCCACCUCCAAGCAAUUUUUGUUUGUGGGAAAGACAUGGUUCUGGUUCACCACCCCUUUGGCUUAUGAACUUGUGGAAGAGUGGUAAGGGUACUGGGGUGUUCAUUCCCCAAGUUGCAUCCAGAAAAAUCCAUAGACCAGGAAAAAUCAAUAGCAGAAAAAAGGUAUAUAGACCAGUGGAUAACAAGAAUUGAAGAAUCUUAGAUAAAUUGCUACUAAAUUGAAGUUGAAUAUCCUUGCUCCAUCAUUAUAUAUAUAUAACAUAGGAUACAAUGAUGAUGUUACAUUAGUGGAAGAAUUACAGAACAUAAAAGGGUGAAAAGUUUGUACAACUAUUGUUCAUUUAUGUACAGAUCUUAGUUUUUAUAGGAGAGUAAAACAAUUUGUGUAAAUUGUUUAAUGUAAUUGUCUGUUCUGUUCUAUUCUAUUAAAAAAACAUCAUAUUGUUGGCAUUUUAA